GACACCGAGAGACAUAUCUGCUUUCUUCUACAUCUAUCUCAGAAAUGCAGGCCCUGUCGUCCCGUGUGAACUUCGCGGCCAAGCCCCAGCGCGCUUCGCGCCUGGUGGUGCGUGCCGAGGAGGCGGCCGCCGCCCCCAAGGCUGCCCCGAAGAAGGAUGUCGGGCCUAAGCGUGGCUCGCUGGUGAAGAUUCUCCGCCCUGAGUCGUACUGGUUCAACCAGGUCGGCAAGGUGGUGACCGUCGACCAGGGCGCUGUCCGUUACCCUGUGCUGGUUCGCUUUGAGAACCUCAACUACGCUGGUGUCAACACGAACAGCUAUGCGCUCGAUGAGAUCGCUCCGGUCAAGUAAAUUAUGUGAAGGAGCGAUGGCUUGAGUGUGGCGGCAAGUGGAUGGGGCAUAGAGAAGAGUAAUUAGCCAGCUUGGCCUUAGGGCGGACUGUGGGAGAGUUUUGCAUUUUUGGGCAUGUAAAUGCUCUGAGCCUGCUCGACUAGAAGCGUGUUACCUGACUAUACGUCGACUAUCAUAUAUCAUGUAUUUAUCACAUGAUGUGAUGAACUAAAACUUGUAACUUCUGAAGAGAAAA